AUGACGCAAAGCUGGCGACAGAAGAGGCAGCUUCUCCAUGGACAUCCUGGUCAAAUUAAGGUCUGUGCGGAUAUCGUCUUUAUGCUUGAUUUUUCCUGCUCUGUUCCUAGAAAAGAUAGAAUUAAAGGAAUUCUGUUAAUAGACCAAUUAUCAGAACGCCUCAUUAUAAACACGACUAGUGGUGCAUGGUUUGGAGUGGUACCAUUUGCUAGGAAAGCCAUCAGGGAACACGUUUGGAGAUUCCCCCCAGCAAAUAAAAAAGAUCAAAAUUUACACCGUUUUCUAGAUUCGUACAAAAUCUAUCAGGCAUGUACAACUAGGAUACGAUUUGCAUUUCAAUUUGCAAAUCAAGCUUUCUUCAAGGAACCAAAUGAUCGAAACGACGAUGAAUACAAAGAUCUUAUAAUCGUUGUUGGCGACGGAAGAACAUCUCGGCCAUCUAUUGAGAAAAAACUAGGGCGAGAUUACGCAAAUGCUUUGACAAGGGAGCAUGGCAUUCAAAUUGUUUGGGUCAAGACAAACACUGUUCUUGUAAAUAGGAAGAAAAUAGUGAGCAAUCCCGACGCCUUAAAGACGGCGAUUGCUGGAGGAGACGCUGAAAUUGCAGAUAUAGUCCCCGAUCCAUCAUUAAGGUUCUCUUUGGACGAAGAAAGAGAACGACUCAAUAAUAACGAAGUCAUCGAAGGGAUCUUAUUAUAUAUACGAGAUAAUUUCAAAUGUAAUUUAUGAUAUACAGUACUAUCGCAAGGUUAUGUUUGAUAUGUGUUAACCUGAUUUAUUAAAACCGACAUACCAAAGUAAUUAUGCUAUAGUUAUGAAAACUGCCAUGUUGACACAACUCUUAAGUUUUGUUACUGCUUUUUGUCCACGAAUCAUUUAAUAAUAUUCAUUGACCAGUCAAAUUUUAUUAACUGUACAUAAAUGUUUCUCCUCAUAGUGGACCUCUUUUUAAGUCGUUUGCUAAAAUAAUGGUUGGUUUGUGACAUUGUUUAGAUCAAAU